AUGAAACAACCAGUGCAUAUCCUGUUGUUAUUCCUAACAUUUGUUAUAUCGUCAGCAGGAACAAUCGCACUCACCUUUGCACCAUGCUACGCAACGUUUUGCUCCGAAGACUACUUCGAAUUCGAGACUAGGUUACACCUUCUAGUCUACUUUGGCCUAGUCGCCGGCUUCGGCUGCUUCCUCCUCCUUCGAUCUUACACCACGUGGGCUCAUACCCUGAGUAGUUACCAUCUUCUGCGCAUGCCUUUGGGAGGCAAACGAAUCACUGUUGGUGGUCUCUUAGCUUAUUUCUGGGGUUUCAGAGCUGACCCCCUGGGAUGGGCGAGCGCCAAGCUCAAACUCACGAUCACGGGAGUCACUGGUCAUUAUGCCGAUAUUCUUCUUGGACUACUGGUUAUCCCUGUUUCCAGAAAGAGUCUGCUUGGCAGGGGGUUCUCGUUGCAUCACAGCACGCUGUUAUACGCGCACAAGAUCGUUGCAUACCUCUUCUCAGCAUCAGCAACCGCGCAUGGAGUUACCUACAUUACUGGCAUAGGUGUCAUAUUGCCCGUAUGGUUGAUCAUAAUCACGUCACUUCCAUGGAUUCGGAGAAAUCACUACAACUUUUUCUACUACAACCACGUCAUUUUCGGCCUAUACCGACUUUUACCUCCUCCUUCCCGGACUAUUUUAUUUCUCUGGGUCGCCGAUUGGGCAUGCAGACUUUUUGGUGGACAGACGGGCGGUAUUGCCUCAAAGACGGGUGCCACCUUGGAAAAUGCAGGCAACAACUGGCUCAGAAUUUCCACGCAUCUGCCAAUCUCGAAGAAAGACUCAGGGAGUACCUAUGAUCUCAUCCAGGAGAAGGGAGAAACUCUUCACGAACCUCUCAGCUACUACUAUCUCAGUAUUCCAUCCAUCAGCAAGUUUCAGAACCACGCUUUCACCGCAGCGGUUUCUGCUUCUACCGGAGCUGGUCCCACUUUCCUCUUGCAACCCACGACUGGAAAGAAGCAAAAGAGACUGGACAAGGAAUGGACUUGGAAGCUGCGCGCACUCGUCCCCCAAGUCUUUGAGAGUAAAGCUGUUGAAGUCCGAGUUGAAGGGCCUUACAGUGUCGGUGACGACGGUUUUAAGACGGCUUCUCACAUCGUGUGUGUUGUAGGCGGAACUGGAAUCACUGGUGCUUUGAGUCUUGCGGCAUGGUGGCUGGAGAAAAGACCAGCAAACUCGACCUUCACUCUCGUAUGGGCUGUGCGGCAAGGAGAGGCUACGGCGAUUACGGAGUGGACUCAGCUCCAGGAGGUGGCUUCCUCGGUUCCGGAGCUUACUGUAGUUGCACAUGUGAGUUCAGAAAGCGGUCGCCUGGAUCCUACAGCAUAUAUCCGUGGAGCUCUCAUUGUCGGACAACACACAAAAGUGUACCCGGUCGGACAUGCUUGGGUCUAUAGCUCUGGUCCGGCAGGUCUUAUUGGCACUGUUGAGAGGGCGUGCGUUGAGACUCAGAAGGGCACCAUUGCUGGCAGAGGCGGGAGAAGCACCGACUCAUGGAAAGUACGGGAUCUGGGGUGGUACAUGGCGAAGUGGGAGGUUUGA